GUCAUGCUUUGAGCUGGAGUAAAAUUCACAACAGAAGUGAUCUUUACAGGAUUUCGGUGCAUUAUAAAGGAUAUCAAGAAGAAGAAAACAUUUUUUCCGUGUUGUUUGGAUAUGCCGUAUGAAUAGAAUAUUAGUGAAUGUUAAAGUACGUAGUAUUUUUGCUCGCCGACAAGGACAUAGAAAGGACAGAAAAUGGGAAGAUCCCGUGUCACAUUAAGUGUAAUGCUAUAACUAAAUUUAUACAUUUAGAAUCGCCUUAACUAAAACAUGUUCACACCGAAGUAAACGAGCAGCUGUGAUUUGAAAUUAUUUGGGUAUUCGUCAAGAGAAAUCGUAGGUUUACAUCAGCUUGAGACGCCACAGUGCACUUGGUAAUGGCACAUAAAUACAGAGCAAUUUGCCUUAGAUCAGCGCAACAUGUGUUGAGGUACUCACACAGAGAAGUAUGUGUAAAUAACAGAAGAUCAGUGUUUGCAAACAACCACACGAGCUUAAUAAAACCAGCUCAAGCUCCAAGAUCUUUAGCAUGUGCUUCUACCUUCUCCAGAAACUGCUCCAGUUACACUUCAGGUCAAAGCAGCUUUUCUUUCAGGAGUCACACAUGUGGAGAACUGUGCUCCAGUCAUAUAGACCAAGAGGUUACAUUAUGUGGCUGGAUUCAGUAUUUGAGACAGGAUCUUUUUGUGAUCUUGAGAGACUUCAGUGGAUUGGUGCAGAUUCUUAUCCCACAGGAUGAUUCCAAAUCUGAACUGAAGAAUGCGUUUCUUGGCCUCACGGUGGAGUCGGUCAUUAUGAUCAAAGGAAAGGUCAGGCGUAGACCAGAGGGACAGGAAAAUAAGAAAAUAUUCACAGGAGAAAUUGAGGUUUGUGCUGAAAGUAUGGAAGUAUUGAAUACCUGCCGAAAACUGCCUUUUGAGAUAAAAGACUUUGUCAGGAAAUCAGAAGCCCUCCGGAUGGAGUACCGCUAUCUUGACCUUCGAUCAUCCAUGAUGCAGUGCAAUUUAAGAUUACGGUCACAAAUGGUGAUGAAAAUGAGGGAGUACCUUUGCAAUUUGCAUGGAUUUGUGGAUGUGGAAACACCAACAUUGUUUAAAAGAACACCUGGGGGUGCCAAAGAGUUUGUGGUGCCAUCUGGAGACCCUGGGAAGUUCUACUGUCUUCCUCAGAGCCCGCAGCAAUUCAAACAGCUUCUUAUGGUGGCUGGCAUAGACCGGUACUUUCAGCUCGCCCGCUGCUACAGAGACGAAGGCUCCAAGCCUGACAGACAGCCUGAAUUCACACAGGUGGAUAUUGAGAUGUCCUUCAUAGAGCAGGCUGGAGUCAUGCGUUUGAUUGAAGGCUUGCUUCAGUACUCUUGGCCAAAAGACAAAGGGCAGAUUAAUGUUCCUUUUCCUUCCAUGACUUAUGAGGAUGCUAUGAGACACUACGGGGUGGACAAACCAGACACGAGAUUUGAGAUGAAGCUUGUGGAUGUCACUGCCGCUUUCCAAGACACACGGAUCGAAUUCAUCAAAGAUGCGCUUCUUGAACCGGAGGGCUGCGUUCAGGCCAUCUGUGUCCCAGAGGGAACGAAACACCUGAAGGCCAAAGACUUGGAGUUCCUGAAACAAGCAGCUAAGACACAGUAUUGUCAGGAGGUGAGUGUGGCUCCGGUAAGGGCAGAUGGUUCAAUGAAAUCCCCUCUCACCCGACUGCUCUCGGACUCGGCCAGACAGCAGCUGCUCCAGAUGGCCCAGGCCAAUGCCGGAGACUUGAUCUUCAUCACGGCCGGACCCCGGGAGAACACGCGCCCUCUUCUGGGGAAGUUGAGACUGCAGUGCGUCGAGCUGCUUGAGAGCCUUGGUGUGCCUGUUCGCGACCCUUCCGUCUUUCACUUCCUGUGGGUGGUGGACUUUCCCCUCUUCUUACCCAAAGAGGAUGACCCAGAGACGUUAGAGUCUGCCCACCAUCCCUUCACUGCACCCGUACCCGAGGAUGCCCAUCUGCUGUACACCCAGCCCCAUAAGGUGCGAGGCCAGCAUUAUGACUUGGUUCUGAACGGCUGUGAGAUCGGAGGAGGUUCCGUUCGCAUCCAUAAUGCCUCUCAGCAGCUGUACGUCCUGGAGACGAUCCUCAAGGAAGACCCAUCUCUUUUGUCUCAUCUGUUAGAGGCUCUGGAGUCCGGAGCCCCUCCGCACGGUGGAAUCGCAUUAGGUUUGGAUCGACUGCUCUCCAUCAUCGUAGGAGCUCCCAGUAUAAGAGACGUCAUAGCUUUUCCAAAAUCGUUCAGAGGUCACGACCUCAUGAGUCACGCCCCAGACUUCGUCUCUGAAGAUGACUUGAAGCCGUACCAUAUUUCUGUGGUCUGGCCCAACGCAGAUACAGAGAGUCAGCAGGACACUUAAGUACUAAAACUGUUUAUAUGAAUACAAUUUUCACGAUUACGUUGGGGACCGUGUGCUCGCCGUGUAUGCCCGCACCUGGUGAUGGACAUUUUUCUUCAGAGCUGAAAAAGCGGGAUUGCUUUUUUGAUCUGUGAGCAUUGAGCACCAUCUUCAGUCCCCGCUGCUGCCUCAUAAAAUGCAGUCAACAGAUCAAUCCUACAUCCUCGUCAAAUACUCGAACUGUAUUUAAUGUGUUCAAGUGCAUAUUUUAAAAUCAAUCUUUUAAGUGAAAAGGCAUCCAGUUGGCUCGGAUGAAGGGUGGCUAAAUAUUUCAGUAGGGGGCAGCGUUGUUCCACUGCAACCAUUUACGCAGAUUUUUCUGCUCUCUUCAGUUGCCCUGCGGCGGAGGCAGUGUGUGCGUGCGUGCAUACCAUAUCUUACAUUCUUCCACCACCAAACAUACCAAAUAAAGCUAUAUUUCAGUUUUCCUCUG